CCAUGGACAGACAAGUGGCGUCAGAAACCGGCACACGUGGUACCGGUAGUCCAGGAGCUUUACUUUUGCGCUCAGAUGAUCGCGUGGCUCCUCGUUCUCCGCGUGUUAUAGAUGACGCCGUGACGUUGAUGGAGACUGGCGAUUCAGAGAUGAAAACUCGCUCAGAAGUCGUAUUCGGCAGGUCUUCAUCUAGUAGUACAUUAUCCGAACCCGGCCUAAACAGUAACGUACCUCCGACACCCACACCAGAGGGUGCCAUUUCACCUGUUGUCGUGGGUGAAGACAGCACGGGCGUCACAGGAGAGUCAUUUGGAGUCAACACAAGCGGUGUUCACGGCCACACUUCGAGUUACUUUGGCAAUGUCUCCAGCAAUGCUUCUCAACCUUGUGCGGAGGAUGCGCAACUAGCUGUUGCACAAGAAGAAAUGAAUGCUGAUCGUCCUGGUAUCGUCGCCUCUUUGUGGGAAGCGGUUCAGAACGCCGCGUUCGUAAGCUCGGGCACAGCGACUCCGCCCGCACGGGGGUCGCCGUACUUUCGAUACCAACACUCUCGCUACCCCCCAGGAGGUCUUCGCGCGGCAGCAUCAAGUCCUCCAAGUGCUCCUAGAAGACCUACACCGCCACAGGGGACUAGCGUGCGACCUCCCGUGCCAAAAAGAGAGAGAAUGAGAACACCGCAAGAGAAAAAUGGCAGCGGACGUGCAGUUGUGGCAGAAGAACAACGAGCUUCUGGUAGUUCUUCGUCUCUCGUUGCACCUACAGCUGCUGUUCGGGCGACGGACGGUUUGCAGACAAAGGAUGUUUAUGAACCGGCUAGCAGCGAAGAUAGGCUUUCAGUCACGGAUCAAGAUAUUUCCAGAGCACAGAGCCUGUUCACUCUCGAACGGUGGGGGUUCGACAUGGUCCUCAAUUCCUACAAUAAUCUUCACGAGGACACCGGUGUUACCGUAGACGAUCGCAGUGGAGGACGAACAUCAGCUGCGUUGCCUCCAAGGCAGGAAGAUUCUCAUUCAGUCGGAGUGGCUCCACCAUCACGACACCGUAAAGAGCGGUCACUGCCUGAACACGUAGAGGAUUCAAUGACGAAUAGAGAUGAAGGAGUCUGGUAUGAGCGACACCCAGAACACUACCAUGAAAUGAAAGAGAAACACCAACAAAAGUUUCUGCGUUCAGCGACGGAUGAAAUGCGACGGCGCCUCUCUAGUUCAGCUCAAGUAGAAUCAGACAAUGAAAAUAAUGACGAAGAGAUAUCUUCGUCUUUCUCUAGAAUGGAACUUGGGAAAAUUCAGGAAGGUGCUUCUGGCGGUGCAGUAGAAGAAAUAGAGUACAACUUUGCAAGAGACAAAGCCACGCGUGAAAUGAACCGACUCUACGAGGAACAGACGGCAUCGGCGGGGCACAGGCAAUCGGCAUAAGGGAUUGUUGAGGCUCUUUCGCGUACGAAGAAGCGUAACAUGCAUGGUCGAGAAUGUAUUGUUGUCUAGAUACUGAUGUUCUAUUAUAUAUUUUUGGGUAAUUAGUAAGUUAGUAGAAGAAGUACUAGAAUUAUGUAAAAAAUUAACAAAUGGUACUGGCGCUUGCUGAUAUUUACACACGUUUUUUCUUGGGCGAUUGACAAGACUAAGCCGCUUGUCCAAUACGCAGUCAAGCGCCCCGCAGUACUCUCGCUUCACCGGGAAAAUGAAUGAACCAGAAUCAUCAAGACGAAGGUUUGCGACUGUGCUAGAUGCAUGCUGGAAAAGAUAGAGAGACGUUCUUUACAUUCAGAAGUCGGAUGAAUAAUCAAAGAUGGCAAAAGACAAAGUUGAGACUAGAUGAAGAUUAGCCCAAUAUCUAUUUUUGAUGCAACGAGAAUCUCGGAAACCGAUUUGAGUCGUGCUCGAAAUCGAAGAACCUCUCUUGAUAUCCCAGGUUUUGUGUUUGUUUCUGUUAAAAAUCAUAAAGGUAUACAGUUUCGUUUAUAAAGUGCAGUCUUGAAGUCGUCCUGCUACUUUGUAAUAGAUCUAAAUUGCAUGCUGAUCCAUUGAGAAUACGGUCAAGGUAACAUCAUUGAGGCAUGAUUAUAUACGCGCAGCAUACAACUUGUUUUGUCUCUUCUCUACAUGCACCAUCCAUCGAUAUCAGUCCGAUUUCUGCUAACUACCUACGCACGUAUCAAUUUGUUUUGUUUGAUUCGAGGUAGGCGACAACAUCACACGAGUUGCCACCCAUUCGGAUUAAAUGCGCUGCGUUGCAGUUAAUAUCGUAUGCUGUAGCUUUGAAGGAGUCAGAGCGUGCGGGCGGGAAAAACGGAAACUCCUUCCAGUUAGUGGAGGACGUAAGCAGCUGAGCCUGAGACAGGUUUUUGCUUGUUUAGUACAGAGCAGGUGCACGAGAGGAGAGAAAAACCUGUUUAGAAUCAAUCGCUUGGCAUUUCAGCACUCUUGACGAGUGCUGAGGGAAGAGGGUGUUACUUACACUUUCUUGUUUGAAAAAACUCAAUGGUUAUAGUUGACAUUUCAGUUUUAAAGAAGAAGGACAGGAAAACAACAGAAGACACCCUGGCGACACUGAACCAGAAACGACGGCCAACACGGUUGGGCUUGAAGUCCAUGAGGCUGAGAUAACUGGGGCGCGUGGUAAGAUAUCCGGAAGGGCGAUGGGUGAGGAGAAUGCGCAAAGCGACGCACGCAGAGAAAGCAGCUGGAUCAUGUAGACAAGGACGACCGAAAGAAACGGGGGGAGACAGGACGCUAAAGGAGUCAGUGGCUAGAUCUGUCACAUUGGAGGAUGCCUAAACCGAGAAGGGUGGAAGCGUAUACUAUAGCAGAGGGAAGCGCGAGCAGCAGCAACAGCUUUCUCCCAGCAACGAGGAGAGACAGCGGGCCACCUUCACAACUUCAACACCAGAGAGAAACUCGUAGAACUCAAAGUCGUCGGUCCAAUCCGAAUCGACUAACAUCAUCAAACCAAAGACUAGCGUUAGUCGUUCUCGGUCGUGGUCCUACUUAGUAUUGUUGAUAUCAUAGAUAAGUUUCCUCUUUUAAGUUCACAAUAUGGAGUUGAGGUUCGUUUCUACGACAUGAGAUCCACGGGCUCCACGGCUCGCGAGCGGCGGAAAGCUUCCGAGCUCGAGAACUGGGGACCGCCAUCCAACGAAUGGGGAUAGUCACUCGACGUGCGUUUUUUAUUCUUUU